AUGUACCACGUUUGCCGCAUCUCACCCCCACCACUUACGUCGUGCGACUCCCUCGUUGGCUGGUUUGGUCAACCCUCCCCAUUCACCGUGGCGUCACUUCACAACCUCCUCGAAGACUUUAAAAAGUCAUUACAAUUUUUCAAGACACACCCCCUCCUCAGCACCGACCCGCAAGUCGCAACCGCUCAAGGUCACAACCACGACACAGACUCUUGGAGUAGACUGCUGACAGUCGCACGCCAAAAAAUCAGCACAUCACCAGACUUCGCUGAUCUACUCACGAAUCCCCGCUUCGACGACCCCACCUACCUCACCGGCCUCGCUAUUGCCCUUGCUACCAUCUUCGUCGCCAUGUCUUGGUUCUCUCGCAGCGGAGGCGGAUGGGGUGGGCGCUUCUCACCGUUUGGUCGCCCGGGUGCCUCGCCCAAUUCUGGUCAAGUCUCAGACUCGGACUUUUCGUACAUCACUGCGGAAGACCUCAAGAAAAACCGACCCGAGAUCGUGGACUGGGAUGACAAAAAUCCUGACCGUGAUACGGAUGUAUUGAUCUUCAAAUAUGGGAGGACACACUACCCUACACACUUCGCUGCCUUCAGUAUACGAGAUGGUGAGCUGAAGAUCGGCACAGUUAGGCAGGCGGCUGCGAAGAAGCUCAGCAUCGACGACCCUAGGCGGAUACGUUUAUUUCACAAGGGCAAGAAUCUGAAGAAUGAUGACCGGACAGCGCUUGAGGAAGGACUGCGAGGAGACGGAACUGGCAGCGAGAUCCUUUGCGCGAUCGGAGAGGGUGCCGCCGGCGGAAUGGCACCGGGCGCUGAAGAGAGCGAUGGAGAAGACGAUGAUGAGGCCGGAAGUGGCGUUGAUUCGGCUUCAAAUACUGGCGCGAAGAAGAAGAGCCGCAAACGCGGAGGAAGGAAGUCCAAGAAGAAGAGUCAGUCCGCGAAUGCCUCUGGUAACAACACACCGGGGCUGGCCUACUCCAAUGCCACUUCGACCAAUCCCGAAUACCUUCCCAUGCCCUCGAACAUUAGUGGUCCUACGCGCCCUACGUCUGCGCCGUCACCGAACGCAUCCCGUGCACCCACGCCGCAAACACCCCUCGCGAAACUUGAUGCCAUUGCUUCCAAGUUUCACACCGAGCAUGUACCGCUGUGCGUGGCAUUCCUGCAGAAUCCACCCGAGGAAAAGUCCAAGAGGACGUUUGAGUACAAGAAGCUCUCUGAGACGAUUUUAACGCAAAUUUUAAUGAAGCUGGACGGGGUGGAGACUGAGGGAGACCAGGAAGCAAGGGCGCGACGGAAGGAGCUUGUCAAGGAGGUCAAUGCGAUGCUUAACAAGUUGGACGAGCUGAACAAAUAAUCUACGAGGGCUUGAAGAUGGCACACUAUUAGAGCCAUUUAUCCGGCAUCUUGCAUCUUUCCUGCAUACGUUUUGUUACGGUUGGCGAAGGAUCUCUCCUUGGUAGGUUUUGGCUUGCAUGAGCGAUACCCACUUUCCAUCCUUUUUGAUCUUUCUUCGUUUAGGAUUUGGCUCUUUGCUGUUUGUUUUUGAUGGAUAGAAAUUUGUCGUUCAACUAGAAUCCAAACAGGUACUAUUCGUUCAGACAAGACAAUUAAUUUGUGAGAAUCAACUAGACGUGAACGAACAU